CACGAACGGAAGAAACUCCACAACUUUUAAGGGAAGUUCGGGGAAGGACGAGGGAAGGAAGCCGUUUCGGAGGAGGGGGGGGCGAGGCAACCCCGGGACAGCGCCCCCAUUGCAAGACCCCCCCCCCAUUAAGGCUGGCGCUUAAACGCUGAGGAUCGGUCGAAUUAGGUUCCCUUGUGGGUCCCGCCUCGAUUCAUUUCCUGGCGAAGGUUACCAGCCGGCCUCGUAACGUCGGAAGGCAGCAAAGAGGGGAGAAAAGAAGCGGGGAAGGCCCGGCAGGAAGCUUUGGCGAGGGGACCCGGCAGAUGACGACCGCGCCACUUUCCCUUUCCAGCGCUCAGCCCCUUUGCAGACUUUCUCCUUCGCCGCCAAGCUGAUCGGGGCUGCCUUUCGCCAUCCGGAUCCAGAUGGGGCUCCCGGUGGCAGCCUUGGGGCUUCUGUCCGCGGCGGCCGUCCUGAUGCUGCGAGGACGAUGCGGGGAAGGAUGCGCAGGCUCCUCCUCCCAUUCAUUACACCUUUUCUACACAUUGUUUGUGGACUCCAACCAGGACGGGGCCCAUUACAUUAUGGCAUAUGUAGACAACCAGCUGGUGGCACGUUUUGAUCCCACCACCAGAAGAAUGUUGCCUCAAGUAGCCUGGCUCCAUAAUGUAACAGAGGAGGACUCUCAUUUCUGGGACACGAUAUCUUGGACAGUGAACAUCACGGAGCUGACGUUCAGGAAUGAACUGCGCAUCUACCACAACUCCAGCAAAGGGUUUCACAGCUGGCAGAACUUGAUUGGCUGCAAGCUGAGUGACGAAGGCCAGAAGCAGGGCACUUACCAGUUUGGCUAUGAUGGGGAAGACUUCAUCAGCUUGGAUCAGAAGACCCUCUCCUGGGUCGCAGUCAAUGUCCAUGCACAGGAGAUCAAGAGGCUGUGGGAAGCUGAUCCUUUGAUCGCCCAUAUCUGGAAUGACUAUUUGGAGGAAAAAUGUAUUGAGUUCCUUCAGAAGUGCGUCAUGUAUGGAAAGGAUUCCCUGCUGAGGAAAGAACCCCCAGUGGCUGAAGUAAUUCACACGAUCCAGUACAAGGGCCUCGUCUGCCAAGUCUAUGGCUUCUAUCCCAAAGAGGUGAAUGUCACCUGGAGGGAGGAUGGAGAAAUCAGGACCAAAAAUACCUCCUCGUCAGGUGUUCUUCCAAACUCAGACGGGACCUACUAUACCUCGCUGAGCAUCAAGGUUGACCCGGAGGACAAGAGGAAUCAUUAUCGCUGCUACGUGGAACAUGCUGGGCUGCCGGAGCCUCUGAUCGUGGCCUGGGAGGAGUCUGGUGAGAGAAAGUGGGACAACAAAGUGUGGAUCAUUGUUGGAGUUGUGUCAGCUGUGGCCUUCAUUCUUGUGAUAUUCUGUUUUGCCAUUAAAUGUUUUGGAGUCCCGUGGAGAGAAAUCUUGGCCAAAUGUUUUGGAGCCAAGGGCAGAGAAAUCUUGGCCACCAGCCGGCGUUUUGAACUGCGUCGAGUGUUGCGAGACCAGGACCAGAGGCAGCAAGACCAGGACCAGAGGCAGCAGAGGACGAUGAUGGAGGACUUUGAAAGAACACAAACGAAGGCUCGGACACUACGACCUUUGUGGAAUUUGUACUGACUCUAUCUUAAACUUUACUAAGCCCUGUGGCUUGUUUGCAAGCCGAGAUUUCACUGAGUUUCUAUUUUUACACCUGCAGAGUGAAAUUAAGACUUACAGUGGUACCUCGGUACUCAUCGUAAAUUGGUUCCAGGAGAUGGGAUGAGUACCAAAAAUGAUGAGUACUAAAUCAUUUUUCCGAUAAGGAAUAAUGUAGUGAGUCACAAGGCAGCCGACACUGACAAAUUCUAGCUUGUGUGUUGAGUACCAAACAAACGAUGAGUACUGAGACAACAUUUCCACGUCAAAAUGCGUUAAGUACCAAAUUCGAUGAGUUUCAAAGCAGUUGAGUACCAAAGUACCACUGUACCUGUAAGAGUUUUACGACUGUUUAUAGAUUGGUUCUGGAGUGCAUAACACUAGGCAUGUCACCGGAAGGUAAAAUCACAAAACACGGGAGUGGGAUUCAGCCGGUUCGGACCGGUUCAUGCAAAGGGCCUGGUGGCCAUAUCUGUGGGCACACGAACGUUGCCCUAGCUCAGCUCCAGUGUGUAUAUGCGUGCCAGCCAGCUGAUUUUCAGGCCUUCCGGGCCCAGUGGAAGUCAGGAAAUGGGCCAUUUCUGGCCUCCAGAGGGCCUCCGGGGAUGUAGGGAAGGUUGUUUUGCACUCUCCAGGCUCCAAGAAAGCCUCUGGAGCCUGGGGAGGGCAAAAAACAGGCCUACUGGGCCCACCACUAACCUUUUUGCCGUUGCAUGCCAAAAGCGGGGGGAGCAGAGCACAGGGGGCAUUGAAUUAUGGGUGUGGGCACACAGGCGUGCAACCUCCCCGCACUCCCCCCAUCACUGGCCUGUACCAUUUCAGACGAAUGGUUGUCCAGUCUCUUUUUAAAGGCACACACAAUUUUACACAAUAAUGCAUUUCUAAUAUAAUGGCUUUGGAAAUAACCAUGUAUUUUGUUUUUCUCAUGCCAUAAAGAAGCAUGCCAACUCAGUUGAAGAUCAUGUCCCUCCAAAGUCAGCAGUCUUUUGUGCCACAAACCAAUUAAUUCUUUCACCCAAGUAACUACCGACGCCUGAUAAUUCCACUCCCAAUCUGGCAACCCAAAACCACCUCUAUUUUUCAAGCCUUGCAACAUUUUCAAGCUUAUUCUUGCUUUUAUUUCCCUUGCCAAAUAUAUCUUAAUAUUAUUUUAUUUAGUUCUUCCAAAUAUUUUUUUUUCCAGCUUUAUCGGAAUUGUUCGAAAUAAAUAUAAUAGACUCGGAAGGAUAUUCAUUUUUAUAGUAGCUAUUUUUCCUGUCAGCGACAAUUGCAGGUUUUUCCAUUUCUUCAGGUCUGUUUUAAUUCGUUGCAUCAGUUUAUAAUAAUUAACUUCUUUAAUAGUUACACAUCUUGCCAUUAAUUGAAUUCCUAAAUAUUUUACUUUCUUAACUAUCUGAAUAUCUAUUUGCUUCAUUAACUCUUUUUUUCUGUGUAUCUGUAACAGGGGUGGGUUCUAAAGUUUUUUUACUACUGAUUCUGUGGGCGUGGCUUAUUUUGUGGGCAUGGCUUCAUGGUCAUGUGACAAUUAUUUAGGAUUUAGCAGAGGUACUGGUCUAUCAGGCUUUUAACUGCUUGCAGAGCUGUACCAGUUUACUCAUUUGUUUUUGGAGGCACUGGUCUACCCAUUUAUUUUUGCAGGCACCGGUCUACUCAUUUGUUUUUGGAGGCACUGGUCUACCCAUUUAUUUUUGCAGGCACCGGUCUACUCAUUUGUUUUUGGAGGCACUGGUCUACCCAUUUAUUUUUGCAGGCACCGGUCUACUCAUUUGUUUUUGGAAGCACUGGUCUACCCAUUUAUUUUUGGAGGCACCGGUCUACUCAUUUGUUUUUGGAGGCACUGGUCUACCCAUUUAUUUUUGCAGGCACUGGUCUACUCAUUUGUUUUUGGAGGCACUGGUCUACUCAUUUGUUUUUGGAGGCACCGGUCUACUCAUUUGUUUUUGGAGGCACUGGUCUACUCAUUUGUUUUUGGAGGCACUGGUCUACCCAUUUGUUUUUGGAGGCACUGGUCUACUCAUUUGUUUUUGGAGGCACCGGUCUACUCAUUUGUUUUUGGAGGCACUGGUCUACCCAUUUAUUUUUGCAGGCACUGGUCUACUCAUUUGUUUUUGGAGGCACUGGUCUACUCAUUUAUUUUUGCAGGCACUGGUCUACUCAUUUGUUUUUGGAGGCACCGGUCUACUCAUUUGUUUUUGGAGGCACUGGUCUAGCCAUUUAUUUUUGCAGGCACUGGUCUACUCAUUUGCUUUUGGAGGCACUGGUCUACUCAUUUGUUUUUGGAGGCACCGGUCUACUCAUUUGUUUUUGGAGGCACUGGUCUACCCAUUUAUUUUUGCAGGCACUGGUCUACUCAUUUGUUUUUGGAGGCACUGGUCUACCCAUUUAUUUUUGCGGGUACUGGUCUACUCAUUUGUUUUUGGAGGCACUGGUCUACCCAUUUAUUUUUGCAGGCACUGGUCUACUCAUUUGUUUUUGGAGGCACUGGUCUACCCAUUUAUUUUUGCAGGCACUGGUCUACUCAUUUGUUUUUGGAGGCACCGGUCUACUCAUUUGUUUUUGGAGGCACUGGUCUACCCAUUUAUUUUUGCAGGCACUGGUCUACUCAUUUGCUUUUGGAGGCACUGGUCUACUCAUUUGUUUUUGGAGGCACCGGUCUACUCAUUUGUUUUUGGAGGCACUGGUCUACCCAUUUAUUUUUGCAGGCACUGGUCUACUCAUUUGUUUUUGGAGGCACUGGUCUACCCAUUUAUUUUUGCAGGCACUGGUCUACUCAUUUGUUUUUGGAGGCACUGGUCUACCCAUUUAUUUUUGCAGGCACCGGUCUAGUCAUUUGUUUUCUUUUAACACUGAUCAGCUGUAGGGCGGCCCUUUGAAGCCCUGCGGCAAGAGUUUAAACAGUUUUUUCCCCCCCCAGCCAAUCAGCUGGGACUCAGGAGAGAGCAAUAGAUUGGAGGUGGGGGCCAAAUAAAAGGUAAGAAUAAUGUAGGGGGGGCGGGGGCAGAAUCGGUUUGGUGAUGUCAUAUCAUCACCGCUACCGGCUUGGCGGAACCGGGAGGAACCCACCACUGAUCUGUAAGGUUUUUGGAGCACUCAAUUUCUGAAGGCAAGCUGUUCCACUGGUUAAUCGUUCUCACUGUCAGGAAAUUUCUCCCUAGUUCUAGAUUGCUUCUCUCCUUGAUUAGUUUUGAUCCACUGCUUCUCGUCUUGCCUUCAGGUGCUUUGGAAACUACGUUGACCCCCUCUUUUUUGUGGCAGCCCCUCAAAUAUUGGAACAAUGCUAUCAUGUCACCCCUAAUCCUCCUUUCCAUUGGACUAGACAUACCCAAUUCCUGCAACUGUUCUUUAUUUAUUAUUUAUUUCUUAGUCCAAUUUAUAUGCCGCCCUUCUCCAUAGACUCAGGGCGGCUUACAAUGCAUUAUAGCAAUAGCCUGCAUACUGUAUAUACCUGCUUAUUAGUGUUUUCGGCCCCCCCUAAGCGGUGUUGUUCUAUACAAAGCUGGCUUAUUGCCCCCGCAAUCUAGGUCUUCAAUUUACCUACCUCAAAAGGAUGGAAGGCUGAGUCAACCUUGAGCCUGGUGAGAUUUGAACUCGCACUAAUGUCAGGCAGCUGGCAGCUAAGUGCUAGCACUUAACAGCACUUAGUCUGCUGCUGCACCACCGAGGCUCUUUAUUAUAUUUUAGCCUCCAAUCCAGGGAUGGGUUCUACUUAUCUUUACUAUCAGUUCGUAUUGGGGCCACGCGUAAGUGCGUGCACUCUUCUGCGCAUGCACAGAAUCGUUUUUGUGACAUCGGGGUCAGUGGGCGGAGCCUCCCGCCGGCUUUGCUACCGGUUCUAUAGAACCGGUGCGAACCGGGGGCAACCCACCACUGCUCCAGUGCCCUAAUCAUUUCUGUUGCUCUUCUCUGCAUUCUUUCCAGAGUCUCAAUAUCUUUUUUAUAUUGUGGCAAGCAAAACUGGAUGCAGUAUUCCAAGUGUGGUCUUACCAAGGCAUUAUUAAGCAAUCCUAUCUCUCUGCAAAUGCAGUCUAGGAUUGUGUUGGCUUUUUUGAUAGCUGCCGCACACUGCUCAUAUUUAAGUGAUUGUCCACUAGGACUCCAAGAUCCCUCUCACAGUUACUGCUACUGAGCCAAGUUUCCCCUGUUGUGGCCCCGCCCUCUGAGCCUAUCUCAUCAGAGGAAGAAGGUUCCGAACAUGAGGGAGAGGAGUCAGCCAGGCCACCCUCUCCAGGCCCCUCCCCUCUGGCACUGCCUCAGGUGCCGGCCGAGGAAGGGGAGAUUGGCCAGGAGCCAGGUGUCUCUGAUGAGGGCGAGGAAGGAGAGCCGUCGUUCCUGGAUGCACGCCAACGAAGGCGUGAUAAACGGUUGCAGCAGUUAAGGAGGCGUGCUAGGGAUUAUAGCUGAGUCACUGGACCACACCCCAGAGACUAUAUAAGAGAGGGUGGUGGCUGGUAAAAAUCUGUGACGAACAAAAACUAACUCUGGCUAGUCACUUGAACAACGUCUGAAGCUGCCGAAGGGAUAUUGUUUUGCUGGACUAUUUGCAAUGCGUAUGUAAUUUUAUGUUAUCUGUUGCAGUAAAACUCUUGGCAGACGGUGCUUAUAUUGCUGCCAAGUUUGAGAUAAC